AUGCCUAUGUUUUCAGAAUAUCUCUGGUACCCUAGACCGAGCAUCCCGGUCGCAGCACUGACGACGCCCGUGCCGGAGCCGGAGCGACCGCCCCUGCCCGCAGAGCCCGUCCUCCCCAUCCCCAAACCAACAGAACCCUUCAAAGUUUCAACAGAACCAUUUAAAGUUUCAACAGAACCCUUCAAAGUUUCAACAGAACCCUUUAAAGUUUCAUCAGAACCUUUCAAAGUUUCAGAAGAGCCCAAUAUUUUUCUCGAAAAGCCAUCUUUUUUACCCGCACCUAAACCAAUACUGCAUUCCCCAAAAAUAUCACCGUCCUCGAUCCCGAAUCCUAGCCCCAGCGUGACGACUACCAGCAAGCCAGUGGAGCCUUACCCUAACUUUGGAAGCUACCUCUACAACAUCCCGGGGUAUUCCGCCUUCCAGCCAGUGUCCUAUCCUGGCAUUGUCCAGCCCAAUCAGGCACCAUUACAGCUGGCACCACCUGAACCGCCACCAACUGACUUCGUGCCAUUCCCCACAAUAGCAGCCAAGGAAGCACCACCACCACCAUCAAUCGAGGAAAAAAACAUAGUGGAAGUUAAACCUGCUAAUGAACCUCCACGGAAUCCCACACCAGUAGAAACACCGAAGGCUCAGACUGAUUUCGAAGACCAUUUCACUCCUGAAAUCAUCCCAGCUUCGUCCAUGUCAAUAGAUACUGGUCAAUCUUCGGAGUGCAAGAUGAGCAUAACAUCUCUAACGCAAGGAUCAGGGGCUACGGUGACGAUUCCUUCACAAGUUACGAGCAAAGAAUCUAAAAUUAAACCGGCUGAAAGGUUUAGUUUAAAAACUAGCAUUCCUAUCAGCAAAAUAGAUUUAAAAUGUGUCAGCACACCUUCAGAUACAGUAUUACAAAAUCCUAUUACCAAAAAAAUGGCUGCGAGUCAACAGUAUCAUAGUCAAAAGUCUGACAAUGGACCAAGAGUUGAAAUUCAAAGUAACAUAGUCAUUAAAUCGGCAAAAGAGCCUGAACCAGUAGAGCCGAAACCUCCUAAUAAUAGUAUAAGUACGUUGAUCAAUGCGGCGGAGGCUAUACAUAAAUCCGAAAUUCAAUUUCGGAAGCCUGAUAUAAAUCCUAUUGAUAUGACAAAUGAUGCGAAAGACACCUCUCCGCAGUUUACACCUCAACCCACGAACCUGAUGACGAGGCCAAUAUUUAAUUCUGUCAACGUUGACAGUAAUAAGGUAAACUAUUCAAAUAAACCACCCGACUUAUCGUUCAACGAACAGAAGAAUCAAAUUGUGUUCAUACAAAAUAAGAAUCCUACAAAUCCUAAGAUGCUGUUAACGAUACAGCAACCGAACCCUCAGGUUUUACUACAGAGAACUAAUUUCGAGUCAAAAAACCUGCAAGCUCCUUCACGAUUGUCAAGCCAAAGUAAAAAGUGCAAAGAAGAGCUCGUCAGCGAGAAUGGAUCGUCUUCGAAGGUCGUAGCCCUGAAGAGACUCCAUCAGGAGAACUGUGACGAGAAUGACUUUGAGAACUUGAUUACCGAAAAUCAAAUUUACGGUAACAAGAUAGUCGUGAAGGAGAAAUCGCAGGGAACACAGCAGGAGCAAGAUUUGAAAAAUAAAGUAAGAUUAGAAAAACCUAUUCAGAAUGAGACCAAAAAUGUAGUUCUGCAACCUGUUGUGCAACAAAAUUUUGUAUAUUUGAGCAACGUCCAGUUUCCAACAAACUUGAUGAUGAUAAAAAGUAACAACACUAAAGUCUCACAAGGAACUGAUACUAACACUACGAGUAUCAAACCAAACAAGAUCUCGCCCAAUGAAAAUAAAAAUAUCGAAUUCAUCCAACCAGCAAAGAAAAGUAUUAAUAAUGCAAAUAAUAAAGUAAAAUCAGUCAAACCUCAAAAUGCUGCAGUUAACAAAGAUAUUCACGUAUUAAAAUCCAGUAACAAUGUUAUGCAGACUCCAAUUUCAAAUAAAAAUACUAAAUCAGACAUUACGAUAAUUGAAACCAACAAUCAAAAUAUUAAUUUGAAUCCACAAUUAAUAUACGAUUUGCCAGUGAUAGUAGAUGCUGAUAUUCAAUUGGAUCAACCUAACUACGAUAUUCAAAUAGAAACCGAAUUUCCUAAGUUUGUCGCUAACCAAAAUAUGAAUGAAUUGGUUCAGACCGUCGAGCCACCCGAGUCAAAUGAUAAACUGUUUAUCGCUUGCCCGUACCAGAUGGAUUCGAAUUUACAACCAACUAUCGUGAUCACAAACGUCCGGCCUCCGACAGAAACUGUAAGCGUUAAGGUAGACGAAUUAAGUUCUUUAGAUAUUUACGAAAAACGUAGACGGUUGAGGCGACUGAAAUAUUUAAGCAAUAGAGAAACAAAUAAAGAACAAAAGACUGAUGAAAAAGAUAAAGAAAAAGAAAAAAAGAAAGUACAAGAAAAAACCGAGAAAAGCAAUAUUAUAACGGCGAAAACAAUGAAAGCUGAAAUUUACAAGGAGCUAAAAGCCAAAGCGUGUUUAGAAGAAGAAAACAACGAAAGCGACAGUGAAUACGGGGAAGAGGAAUUAAUGGAGUACAAUGAAAUCAUCAAAAAGUAUGGCAAACGGAAGAAAGAAGAUAAAAUUGGCGGUGGAAAACUGGCGUUUUUAUCUGGUUUUCGACUAGCCUCAAAAGAAGCGUACAAAGAAAAACAGAUGGACAAACAAGAACGUAUGCUGCGGCGGGACUCAGUAGCAUCAGCGUAUAUAGCAGCCGGUCGGAUAGACCGGCUAACGCACGAAAGCAAGAGUUCCGAGAGCCAACCAGAGUUCGCGAAGCCAGCCCCCCCUUCGAAGACGCAAGGCCCUGAAGUCGUGGAAAGCCCGGAGGAGAAGUACAAGAAAAAUUGGUUCCUGUCUCAGCUGAGGCUGAUGACCGUGCCUUCGCAUUAUAAGGAAAGAUACGAACGAGUGUGGCACGAGAUUUUGAAAGAGAGGAAACGACGAGAUAGACCCACCGAGGAUCCAUCUGCUGAAGAUGCAGAAGUAUUUAAAAAACCGCGGCCAGUAGACUUAGACCCAAACGGACAACUCCAAUUACUCACUGAAAUAAAGAAAUGCGUCAACGAGAAUAACAACUUGAUCAAGAAGCGAUUAGAAGUCACUACUACAGAAAAAGAAGGAGAGAGCAUAAAAGUUCUAGCCGAUAAAAACUUUUCCGAGCUAAACAGGCUUUCCAAAAUGGCGGAUAGGAGCGUUAAAGUGUUUACUGGACAAGAGGCCAGGAAGAGAGAUCUCAACCCUGGCUUCGACAGCGAGAAUAUCCAAAUACCCCAGAUCAGAAUUAAGAGCAAAAACUUUGUAGAUAUAAACAUACCUUGUAUAUCUAAGAUAGUGUCAUUAAAGUCGAGGCAGGAGAAAGAUUUGGCGCAGUCAUCUCAGGCGACGUCUAUGGAUGAGCCGCAGAGUUCGGCGGCGGGAGCAACCGAGUCCAAAGAUGGGGAGGAACCAAAGACGAAGGACUUCAGCUGCCAGGCGGAGGAGCUCUGGCCGGGACUGAAGAAACUCGUGAGGAACAUCAAGCAGUACGAAAUAGUGCGCAAGAAAGAGAUAGUGGACCUGCACCGGCGCAACACGGAACUGCGAGUAGAGAGCGCAUACGUCACGCGCAAUGCGUCACAUGACAACGACCAGGCGCGAGCCCUGCUCGCUGAGAGACAAAACCUCUCAGUGGAAGAGGCCAACAUACGCCGGUCGGUGCAGAAGCUCAUCGCUGCUAUAGAAGUUAUUAGGAACAGCUAAACGAGUCUUUUAGGUACAGUUUGCUUCAAUAGAAGCUGUCAAUUUAUUUAUAUUCAUUAAUUGAUACUGACCUGUCUUGUAUUUGGGUAUAGUCUAUCUAACUGUUCCCUUUGCAGUCAAGUUUGACUGCGAAGGGAACAGUUUAAGUCGAUUUUUAUUUAUUUAUUUAUUUAGGACAACCAACAAGACAGACAUAAGUACAAGCAGAGGGGCUUACAUACAUAUUUUGUAAUUUAUUUACAAAAUUGACAGUUUUUAUUGUUAAAAGCAAUAUCUUCAGACCAAUUUUUUAAUUACUUUAUGGCCAUAGUUCAGGGAAAGUCUUUGGGGAACUAAUUUUGGGGUAUCAAAAAUCAUCAACAGUACCUUUGCUACAUACACGCUGCCUAAUCUCUUGACGUGCUGGAUCGUUUCAGUGCUCUUUAUAACUACGUUCUUCAUGCACACAAUAUAAUUGCAUAUAAUAUAGCGUUCCCGUGUAUAAUACGCCAAACGAAGGAAUAACGUUUAAGUUAGUAAUUUUUGACACGCAUUUGAUAUUGUUGAUCUAAUAAAACAAUUCAUUGCAAAUAUACAUAUUUUCAUUAUUUAUUGCAAUACACAAUACCGAUGUAAAUACCUAACUAAAAAUUGAUUACAAGUAAAAAACCAAACGGAAUUGAUGUAAAAUUUACUAAACAUGCAUUGGUGUACCACAGGGCUCUACUUUAGGUCCUACAAUAUAAAAUUUAAUAUUUCAUUAUACAUAUUAUUAUUUUAAGCAAGCAUUUAAACAUUUUACAGGUUAACGAUUGCAAUAAUUAAUAUUAAACUUAAUUUAUAAUAUAAGAACUAUUUUACCAAAUGAGGCUACAAUAUUCUAGUCAGUAAUAAAUACUUAAUAAUACAAUAUAUCACACACUGGGUUAUGUACAAUUUGAUAAUGCUUUGGAUUAAUCACAUUGAUGUUGUUGGAUAUUUAAUUUAGUUUUUGUUUGUUAAGUGAAUGAUUUUCAAUUUAUUUCAAUAAGUUAAAAUUAGAAAUUAGAAGAUUAUUCUCUCAAAGAGACAAUCUUGACGAAAUUAGAGUUGUAACACACAUACAAAGUGUUUUGUAUCAUAUAGUUAUAGAGCAUGAUUACGUACAUAAUGAUAAAUAUCUGUAAAUAUAAUGUUAUUUUGUAAGAAAUAACUUAAAAUAUGCAUUUAUUUUUUAUUGUAAAAAUAACCAUGUAUAAAAAAACAUUAGGAUAUUUACUGCUUGUCAAUUUAAUUGGGAAUUCAAAAAUCAAAGAUUUUAUUAGAACUUACUUUAUAAAACGAAUACCCGAAAAUGAAAAGGGGUAAUUUAGUUAAAUAAACCAAUUUCUGACUGAAAAUGCUGGAAUAAUCAAUUUUUUGCUCCAUCCAAAUUUGUAAAUAAAAUAUUUUCUAUAUUUUGCAAAAUAUUAUUCAGUGCCUAAGUUUAAAAGAACUAGUAAUAGUGCAAUAUUUAUAACGGACAUAUUUUAGAUGCAAUAAAUUAUUCUAAUAUAGAAAUAAAAAACGUACAACAACAAUUAUUUUCAUUUUGUACUGUUAAAAACCCUCUAAAUUAAAAUAUCUUACACACUGAAUUGUACCAAUUAUUGACACCACACCAAUCUGGUAUAAGUUUGUGGUCACAGUCAUAAUGGUUGUUUCGAUCU